UUCACUGUUUUCAAAUUUUCAUCCAUGGAAAUUGACAUACAGUACACCGAAUUUAGAGUAGCUAAUUGAGAAAAUGUUUCGUCCUUUAGCAAAGUAGUAGUAGUAUUGUUUCCCCAGUUUCAAAAACCACUUUCUAAAACCAUUGAUUUGUGGUAAUUUAACACUCCAGCCACCAAAUAACCUUUAUCCGUGAACAUCACGUGUAUCGGUGUGUAUAUAUACAUAAGAUACUCCGAAAUCACCGCUCAGCUUUCCACACACACACACACACAUUUGGGAAUCAAAAUUGUACUACUACUGCUAUACCAUCUUCUUCUGGUAUUUUUUUUCUCUCUGAAACCAUAUACAUACAGACAAAAUGGACACCAAAAUCAUUUCAAUGGACAACAAUCAAAACGGCGGGGAGGUCGGAUGUCUGCCAUCGCAGGGCGGCGUAUCCAGCGGCAUCCAGACAUCAUCCUUGCACUCAGGAAGCAUGGAGGCGACACUUGGGCGUCACCUAGCUCGGCGCCUAGUCCAGAUCGGAAUCUCCGACGUGUUCUCGGUUCCGGGAGACUUCAACUUGACAUUGCUUGACCACCUGAUAGCAGAGCCAGGGCUGAACCUAGUGGGUUGUUGUAACGAACUAAACGCAGGAUACGCGGCGGACGGUUACGCGAGGAGGCGUGGGGUUGGAGCGUGUGUGGUGACGUUUACGGUGGGGGGGCUGAGUGUGUUGAAUGCAAUAGCAGGGGCAUAUAGCGAGAAUCUGCCUUUGAUAUGUAUCGUGGGUGGUCCUAAUUCCAAUGAUUACGGCACCAACAGGAUCCUCCAUCAUACCAUCGGUUUGCCUGAUUUUUCUCAGGAGCUUCGCUGCUUUCAAACCGUCACUUGCUUUCAGGCUGUAGUGAACAAUUUGGAAGAUGCACAUGGUUUGAUUGAUACUGCCAUUUCUACCGCUUUGAAAGAAAGCAAGCCUGUUUAUAUCAGCAUCAGCUGCAACUUACCUGCUAUUCCUCAUCCCACCUUUGUUCGAGAACCCGUCCCCUUUUCUCUCUCCCCCAAGUUGAGUAAUCAGAUGGGAUUAGAAGCAGCUAUUCAGGCAGCUGCAGAGUUUUUGAAUAAGGCUGUCAAACCCGUGAUGGUUGCUGGCCCUAAAUUGCGCGUUGCCAAUGCAUGUAACGCGUUUGUUGAAAUGGCUGACUCGUCUGGCUAUGCCGUUGCUGUGAUGCCGUCUGGUAAAGGGCUUGUUCCUGAGCACCAUCCUCGUUUCAUUGGGACUUACUGGGGUGCUGUAAGCACGGCGUUUUGUGCAGAAAUUGUCGAAUCUGCUGAUGCUUACUUAUUUGCUGGACCUAUAUUCAACGAUUACAGCUCUGUGGGUUACUCUCUCCUCCUCAAAAAGGAAAAGGAAAUAAUCGUGCAGCCUGAUCGAGUAGUGAUCGGUAACGGGCCGACUUUUGGCUGUGUCUUGAUGAAGGAUUUCUUGCUAGGUUUGGCAAAGAGGCUUAAGAAGAACACAACUGCUUAUGAGAAUUACCAUAGGAUCUACGUGCCUGAAGGGCAUCCUGUCAAGUGUGAUCCUAAGGAGCCCUUGAGGGUCAAUGUUCUGUUUGAGCACAUACAGAGCAUGUUGUCCUCUGAUACGGCCGUGAUUGCUGAAACUGGGGAUUCCUGGUUCAAUUGCCAGAAGCUAAAACUACCAAAAGGAUGUGGGUAUGAGUUUCAGAUGCAAUAUGGGUCGAUUGGUUGGUCAGUGGGCGCUACACUUGGGUACGCACAGGCUGCAACUGAUAAACGAGUCAUUGCUUGCAUUGGUGAUGGUAGCUUCCAGGUUACUGCCCAAGAUGUGUCCACAAUGCUGCGAUGUGGGCAGAACACAAUUAUCUUUCUGAUUAACAAUGGUGGUUACACUAUUGAAGUAGAGAUUCAUGACGGGCCUUACAACGUGAUCAAGAAUUGGAACUAUACUGGUUUGGUUGAUGCGAUCCACAAUGGUCAGGGCAAGUGCUGGACUAGCAAGGUGUUUUGUGAAGAGGAGCUUGUCAAAGCUAUCGAGACAGCAACUGAAGCCAAAAAGGAUUGCUUGUGCUUCAUUGAAGUGAUCGUUCACAAGGAUGAUACAAGCAAAGAGUUGCUGGAGUGGGGUUCACGAGUCUCGGCUGCAAACAGCCGUCCUCCAAACCCCCAGUGAAACAAACUGUUUGAUAACCAGGGAUUGGGGAAGUAUGGUUUGAACGAUUAUACUACAAAUGAGUAGUUUUAUCCUUGUUUAGUUGUUUUCUGUCACUUUGUAUCUGCUCUCAUCAAACUGCAGGAGUAGUAGAUGUAUGAUGUAAAAAGUUCACUUUGAAAAUGAAUAAAUGUGUUGCCAGUUUGACGAGAAGUAAGUCUUUGGCAUUACACCCA